AUGCUGGUGGGGGACUCAGGCGUGGGGAAGACCUGCUUACUCGUGCGCUUCAAGGACGGGGCUUUCCUGGCAGGGACCUUCAUCUCCACUGUGGGCAUCGACUUCCGGAACAAAGUUCUGGAUGUGGAUGGCAUGAAGGUGAAGCUGCAGAUCUGGGACACAGCUGGCCAGGAGCGGUUCCGGAGCGUCACCCACGCCUACUACCGCGAUGCUCAUGCACUGCUGCUGCUCUAUGAUGUCACCAACAAGGCCUCCUUUGACAAUAUCCAGGCCUGGCUGACGGAGAUCCAGGAUUACGCCCAACAUGACGUGGUGCUCAUGCUGCUGGGCAACAAGGUGGACUCUGCCCAGGAGCGUGUGGUGAAAAGGGAGGACGGGGAGAAGUUGGCUAAGGAGUACGGGCUGCCCUUCAUGGAGACCAGCGCCAAGACAGGCCUCAACGUAGACUUGGCCUUCACAGCCGUAGCAAAGGAGUUGAAGCAGCGCUCCAUGAAGGUCCCCAGUGAGCCUCGCUUCCGGCUGCACGACUAUGUCAAGAGGGAGGGCCGAGGGGCCUCCUGCUGCAGACCCUGA